AUGCAGAAAAGAGCCUCAAAUGUUAAGGCAUUGACAAUGCAAGCCCUAUCCGUUCUUCCUAUGCCUCACUCAUUUUUCAAUCUUGAUGACUUUGCUUCGGUUCCUACAAAACCCAUUUCCAAUUUCAAUGAAGAACACAAAAUUCAUAAUGAUGACAUUGAAAGCAUUGGAGAACAAGAAGAUUUCAGUUUUGCAGGAAUUGAUCCCCAAGGAACACUUAUUUUUGCUGAUGAGAUCUUUGAAAAUGGCCAAAUUCGACCGUUUUUUAAUCAAUCUCUUGAUUAUUCCAACACACAAGGUGAUGUGAGCUUGGCUCUCCGAUCACCAUUGAAGAAAUUGUUGAUUCAACAGUGCAAUAGUUUGUCCCUUGAAUCAAUUGGUACAUCAAAAGAUUUGCACAAAGAAUCAUCACAAAAUAUAAUGAUGGUGGAGGUGGAGGCUUCAAACAAAAAAUGUCAAAAGAGCAACUCCACAGGGUUCUCAAAGAUAUGGAGAUUUCGACAAUACUUGAAACAUCGAAGCAACAGUGAUGGAGAAGAUGUUUUUGUUUCCAUAAAUCCUUCGAUGUCGAUAUCAAAAAGAUCUAAUAAGGAAAAGGUUGAAAAUAUUGCUUCAAAGAAAGAAAAAGGUGAUAAACAUAAAAAGACAGUGUCAGCUCACGAAAAGCUUUAUGUGAUGAAUAGAAACAAAAAGGAAAAUAGUAAGCGGAGAUCAUUCUUACCUUACAGAAAAGAAUUAAUUGGGUUCUUUGCCAACAGGAAUGGAUUCAGCAAGAAUCUUCAUAGUUUUUGA